AUGAGAGGAGCCAGAGGUGGUAAAGGCAAGUCAGCUCCAUCAGACAAGGAAGCGCAAACAGAGCAUGAGGAGUGUGGUGCAAUUUGUGAAGAGGAUGAAGAGGGAAGAGAGCCAACCAUAUCCGACUUGGCGGGGAUCCUUCAGGCCCACAUUGGACAGCAGAAAGCUCGAGAGGAACAGUGGGAGAAAGAAAUGGCACGUCAAGAUCACAGGUUUAAGGCUCUCCAACAUCAGUUCACUUUAUUUCAAGAGGAGCUUCAGGCCCAGUCUUCUGAAGGCCUGAGGCCUUUUGUGCAAGACCACGCCCCUUCCUCUACAGGUUUGAGGCCUGAUGAUGUGGCUCGUUCACCACCAGGACCUGCACUGUCUGCUGUUAAGCCAGCUGCUAUUUUACAGAAAUAUGAAAUUAAUAACGAGACUUAUCGUCAGAGGUUCCGGUCUCUUCAUGUGGAGCCAAAUGAGUCCCCCAAAGAGCUUUUUGUGAGACUUAAAGAACUGUAUAGCAAAUGGGUUCAGCCUCGAGGUAAGACUGUUGAAGAAAUAAAUGACAUCAUCAUUCUUGAACAGUAUUUCCGAAUGUUGUCUCCCGAACUCCAAGUUUGGAUUAAGGAACGAAACCCAAAAGAUGCAGCAGAGGCGGUCUCCCUGGCAGAUGCUUUUGUGGCUGCCCGCAGGAAGACCCAAUCAUGGGCUUUUAGAGCUGCAAAAAGGGAGUUUAUGCCGAUUCCAGGUAACGGUCAAACUGGAAAUGUGAAUAAGCAGUCUGGAAAAGAAAAAUGUUUUUCCCCCAGUCAAACAAAACCUGUGAAAAAACCCAUCUGCUAUUUAUGUGGGCAGGAGGGCCACACAAAGCCUGUGUGUCCUCAAAAUCCUACGAAACUCUCUCAGAUGUGUUUUGUACCCAGAGAGAACCAGGUAGUGAAUAGACAAAACCAGCCACUGAUGGAGACUACUGUGGAGAUAGAUGGGAAGAGAGUCAAAGCUCUGAUUGACACAGGAAGCACCCAGUCACUGGUACACCGCAGGUAUGUUCCACCACAUAGUAUUUGUACCUCUGAGACAAUACCUAUCUGCUGUGUUCAUGGGGAUGAAAAACAAUAUCCGACAGCAGACAUUUUCAUGAGAGUGCAAGGACAUGUUUACCUGUUAAAUGUGGGUGUCAUGGAUGAAUUACCUUUUCCUGUUGUCCUAGGAAAUGAUCUCCCAGUUCUCACUGACCUAAUAAAUGCUUCUAAAAUGUGCAAUGUGGUGCUGACACGAUCCCAGGCAAAGACCUCUGGGGAAGAUGAGCCCAGCUUAAAAGCCUUGCCAUUCUAUGAGGCUGAGAUUGAAGGGUGUUGUACUAAAGAUCGCAAGUCUCGUGCACAACGCAAGCAAGAAAAAUUCAAACAUACCACAGCCUCUCCUGUGUUACCUGAACCUGAGGUACAGCUAGACUUUGAAAUUCCUGAUAAUAUUAGUGAGCUGCAGCACCAGGACAGAAGUCUGGCUGACCUUAUGAAAAGAGUUGAAGAAGGUGAAACUGCAGAGGAAUUUUACAUGCAAAAUGGCAUCCUCUAUAGGAGACAUGGAGAAUUACAACAGCUUGUGUUACCCAGAAAAGUUAGGAAAACAGUAUUGACUUUGGGCCAUUCAGUUCCCUGGGCUGGCCACCUGGGGAAACAUAAAACUAUAGCCCGAAUCAAACGGUGUUUCUACUGGCCUGGAUUACACAAAGAUGUUGCCAGUUUUUGCAAGAGUUGUCCUCAGUGUCAAAAAACAUCCACCAGAUUUGCAGCGAGAGCGCCUCUUCAGCCUCUACCUAUUAUAAAUACACCAUUUGAACGUUUGGGCAUGGAUGUAGUAGGUCCAGUGGAGAAGAGCAAAUCAGGUAACCGAUUUAUGUUGGUUAUCACUGAUUAUGCCACAAAGUAUCCAGAAGUGUUCCCUCUGAAAUCUGUUAAGGCUAAGACUGUUGCCUUUUGCCUGGUUCAGUUUUUUUCACGAGUGGGGUUUCCCAAAGAAAUACUGACUGAUCAAGGGACAAAUUUUAUGUCCAAACUACUGAAGGAUGUGUAUAAACUGAUUGGCAUUAGGGGACUGAGAACCACCCCAUAUCACCCGCAAACUGAUGGACUCACAGAGAGGUUUAAUCAGACUCUUAAGAACAUGCUUCGUAAGUUCAUCAAUGAAGCUGGGUCUGAUUGGGAUCAGUGGCUCCCUUACCUCUUGUUUGCAUAUCGGGAGGUACCCCAAGCCUCUACCGGGUUUUCCCCCUUUGAGUUGCUUUUUGGGCAUGAGGUGCGAGGUCCACUGGCCCUUUUGAAGGAAAGGUGGGAGGGGGAGAAACCUGUAAAAGAACCUGUUAAUACAAUUUCUUAUGUCCUCCAGAUGAGAGAGAAGUUGGAAAAGAUGACCUCAUUGGCUAAGGAACAUAUGCGUGUUUCUCAACAGAAGCAAAAAACCUGGUAUGAUCAAACUGCUCAUGUAAGGAGUUUUGAACCAGGUCAAAAGGUAUUGGUACUGCAACCUACUGAUAACAGUAAGUUUUUGGCUCAGUGGCAAGGUCCAUACGAGGUUGUUCAAAAACUGGGUCCUACCACCUACAAGAUCUGUACUCCAGAUCAAAGACGCAGUACUAGAGUUCUUAACAUUAACCUGCUAAAGGAGUGGGUCUCAAGGCCUGAGGGGAAGCAAGAUGUAUUUUUCAUAAGAAGUGUAUCAGAUGAGGAGGUGGAGGAACAAUACCUGCCUCUACCAUCAGCUUCUGUUCUUGACCUGAGUCAUCUCUCCCCAGAACAGCAGGUGCAAGUGAGAGCCCUUUGUAACAUCAAUUUGUUUCAUGAUAAUCCUGGACGUACUGACUAUAUGGAACAUGAUAUUCGUCUGAAAGAGGAUGCAGUUGUGAAACAAAGGAGCUACAGAAUCCCUGAGCGUCUCCUUGGCCCUUUAAAAGAGGAGAUUGAAUUAAUGCUUUCUCUGGGUAUCAUUGAGACUUCUCACAGUGACUGGUGUAAUCCUAUUGUCCUUGUACCAAAAAAGGAUGGCACCAUGAGGUUCUGUAUAGACUUCCGCUAUUUGAACUCUGUUUCCAAGUUUGACUCGUAUCCAACUCCCCGUAUUGAUGAUUUGAUUUGCUGUCUUGGAAAAGCAAAAUAUCUUACCACCAUUGAUCUCUCUAAAGGUUAUUGGCAGGUUCCCCUUACCACCAGGUCUCGUGAGCUAACAGCUUUCCGGACACCUUGGGGCCUCCAUCAGUUCACAGUGAUGCCUUUUGGGCUACAUGGAGCACCUGCGACCUUCCAGAGGCUUAUGGAUAAGGUACUGGGAGGUCUGACUGUUAAUGCAGCUAAAUGCACCCUGGCCAAGAAGGAAGUUCAAUAUCUUGGACUUAUUAUUGGCAAUGGAGUCAUCAAACCUCAGAUUCAGAAGGUUCAAGCAAUUCAGUCAUGUCCUCUGCCACAGACCAGGACACAGCUAAAAUACUUACUUGGAAUGUCGGGUUGGUACCAUAAGUUCAUUCCUAACUUUUCUGCCAGAGCUGCUGUGCUUACAGAUAUGACCAGCCCCAAGAGACCUAAUCAGCUUCAGUGGUCGGAGGAAGCAGAGAGAGCUUUUAAGGACAUCCAAGGUGCCUUGAGUGGACCUCCAACAUUACACUGCCCUGACUUUGACCAGCCAUUUAUUUUGCAAACUGAUGCAUCUGGGCGUGGGCUGGGUGCAGUGCUGCUUCAAGGGCCUCCAGGGGGCCGUCAUCCAAUUGCUUUUAUAAGCAGAAAGCUCUACCCAAGGGAAACUCGAUACUCCACUAUAGAAAAGGAGUGCCUAGCUGUGAAGUGGGCUUUGGAUUCACUCAAAUAUUAUCUGUUGGGGACACGGUUCAUCCUAGAAAUGGAUCACAAGGCUCUGAAGUGGCUUGAAAGAAUGAAAGACUCAAACAGCAGAAUAACGCGUUGGUACCUGGCGAUGCAACCAUUCCAGUUUGAUGUCCAUCAUAUCCCUGGGAAGCUGAACUCUACUGCCGACUACCUGUCAUGCUGGCCUAUGGAGUUUCCAGAAGAGGGGGAGUGUGUGGAGGUUCCUCCACCUUUUCCUCAGUGUUAG